AUGGAGGAAGAUCAACUUCCAGGAUCUGUCAACACGAUGGAACCCGAUCCCACGGCCGCUCCACCCGCAAGGCAGCCUGCCACCAUCAGGAGCAACGGUUUGCAGAUAGAAGACGAGCUGCUGGAGAUAAGAGCCAAGACUCUCUAUAACCUAGUCGAGGACAUCCAUGCCGAAGUCGGGUCGUCGUCGAUGACGAAGAAGCUUUUGGUGCUCAACAACCGACAGGCCUCCGUCUUCACCCGAGAAUCGAUCCCGAAGCUGUUCCAUGCGUUCGAGCUGAACGGGAAGCCCAAGUUGGUGGUGAAGCUUCUGCACUCAGAGGCAGGGACGAUGCAGUACAGGUGGUUCACGGAGAGGGUGGGGAAAGAUUUCGAGGAGGGUAAAUUCGAUCCGCAACCCUUGCUGAGCGGGAAUAUAGGAGGAGUGCCCGACAUGUGGCGUGAGAACUAUCUGCCUGGUAACCAUGGCCCAUCUGUGCAACAAAGUGAGCUCGAGAACGCCAAGGUGAAGCUGGUGAACUUCUUUCGGGACGUGUUGAUCCCUCUGUGCGCACAAACCAACGCCAUAGUGCUCAUGCCGGCCUCAGACUGGGACAUGGGCGCUCAUGCCUUCUCUCAGGCGGUCAACUUGCUGCGAUCCAAGUGGGGGGCGAAGCUCCCCUUCUCCACCAUGGGCUCGGGUUGGAGGUGGGUGUUCCAGCGGCAGAGCAGGGUAGAUGGCACGGUGUCGCAUCAGAUCAGGAGCAAGUCGGAGAGCUUCGGGAGGAACGAUGACCUUAUGGACGACUUCAACAAGGCCGUUUCUAGCCCGGAACGCUCAAAGUGGGUAAGCCAAGACCUGCUGGCGGGAGUGGACAACUACAUCCUCUUCGAGGGCGCCACCGUGGACACCAACGGCAAGUUUGUGAACUGGAACCCCGGGCCGGCGAACCUGCUGGAGAACAUGAUCCUAGAGAACUUCUCUCAGUCUAUCCCCUGCUUCACUCUGAGGUUCACGAGGACGCAUGAGAACACCAACAACCAGAUCUGUGUUGACAUCAUCAACUCUUCUGUUCCUGUCGUGUUCCUGGACCUGCGCGAGAGGAAGGAGUUGCGAGGGAACAGCAGGAAAGAGAGGCUGAAGGAAGCAUUUUCUCAGAUCCGAGAGUUCCGAGAGGAGCUGUUUCAAGCGAAUCAGAAUGAAGUCUAUGACGUGUGUAACAUCGCGUUUAUGGAUUCGGUCCUGAAGGAAUAUGAACCGGCGAUUAGCAAGAAUCCGAAUGCUUCCAAGUCUAGCUCUCACCCGGAGAAACUCUGGGAGGCGAUCGAGAGGAAGAACAGAGGGGAAAAGAUGGAUUCUUCGGAGGAGGAGAAGCUCGCUGACCUUCGCUCAGUUGUCGACUUCCUCAAGGAAGAGCACAUGCAGAAUUACUGGCAGGUCGUGCGGGUGUGCGAGAAGAAGGGGAUCAAACCCCUGUGGGAAUCUUUCGACGCGAUGAAGGCGAGCAUCUCUGAAGACGCACGGGUGGAGUAUGGGGAGCAAGUGAGCCAGCUGCUCUCCUCCCCCAUCUUCUACGGGAGGAACGUGAGCGACGUCAAGGGCCUCAGCAAGCUCAUUGAGGAUCUUGUCCGGAUCGGAAGGAUCCCCGAGGAGAACUCGCUCGAAGGUCUCAAGAUCUUGCGGGAGGCCUGGGACACUGUGGACAUCUGCAACCACGUGGCGGAGUCGUACAAGAUCAUAUCCAAGUUAGGCUAUAUCGUCAUCUUGUCCUUGGGCCUCGUCAUCACAGCGAUCACAGUGAUGAAGAACAAAGUAGACAGGUGUGAGGUUGUUGCCUUCACCUGCCUUGAUGACGGGAGGACCAAGACUAUCAUCUUCUUCCUUUCACUGUCGGCGUCCAUCAUCGGGGCCAUCCUGGCGUUCUACAACCCCAUGCACCGCUGGCGGAUCCUGCGAAACAUCUCAUCACGCAUCGUCAGCGUCAUCUGGAUGUACAGGACGCGCGUCGGCGUCUUCGCCAUGAACAACAACAAGUCGGAUGCCCCGGAGAUCGCUCUCCGUGACCGCGUCCUCGAGCUCAGGGCAGAGCUCAUGGAGUCUGCGGACAUCGGCGAGACUUCCUUCAUGCGCAGCUACCCCCGCAAGGUCUACAAGCACUUCCAGCACAAGUGGGACGACGACAAGACCCAGCAGGACGCGCCUCUGGUGGACAACCAUCACACCCCCACCUCGCCCAACCAGUACAUCGAGGUCAGAGUCAACCUGAUGCUGGAUUUCUACCGCAGCAGACUCCCUGGGUACAGACAAACGCUCAAUGCUUGCACCUGGCUGACCAUCCUCUCAAACUCCGGAGCAGCUGCUGUCUCUACCCUUGGGUAUCCCGAGUACGGAGCCAUCCUGAUCGCGUUCUCUGCCGCCAUCGUCUCCUGGUUGGAGUUCCACGGGACACGGCAGAAGCUUGCGCGAUACAACAAGUCACUGAUGAAAUUGAACAACAUUAUCACCUGGUGGCACAGCAUAUCAGCAGUGGACAAAGCCUCCACUGAGAGCAUCUCGAUGCUGAUCAUGCAGGUUGAGACGAUCGUCACAGGCGAGAACGACGCUUGGCUCUCUAUCCCAUCUCAGGAGUCUGCUGAGGACAAGAAGAAGAAAGAGGAGGAAGAACGAGGGGCAUUGGCAUGA